GCCCUCGUCCCAGAUUGUUUUAGUAUAUAUAUACAUGCACAAUCCUCAUUAACUCACCAACAAAACAAGAACUCAACAAAGAUUUAAACCUUCUAAUAUGGCUUUCAGUAAGCAAGUUGUUGUAUUUCUUGUUUUAGUUGGCCUAUUCAACUUAUGUAAUGCUCAAGGGUUGAAGCUUGGCUUCUACAAGAAGACUUGUCCAUCUGUUGAGGCGAUCGUGAAAAAGGAGACCGCUAGUAUUAUGGCCGUUGCUCCAACUCUUGCAGCUCCUAUUCUCAGGAUGCAUUUUCAUGAUUGUUUCGUUAGGGGUUGUGAAGCUUCUAUUCUACUGAAUUCGACAACAAAUAAUCAAGCUGAGAAAGAUUCGUUCCCCAAUCUAUCCCUUAGAGGAUAUGGAUCCAUCGACAGAGUGAAAUCUGCAGUUGAGAAGAAGUGCCCCGGUGUUGUUUCUUGUGCUGAUAUAUUAGCUCUUGUUGCACGAGAUGCAGUUUCAUUUUUGAAUGGAGCAUCGUGGCCAGUACCAUUGGGAAGAAGAGAUGGAAAUGUAUCAAACAGCACAGAAGCUUUGUUCAAUCUUCCACCUCCUUUCUUCAACAUCACUCAAUUGAAAGCUAGCUUUGCCUCAAAGGGUUUGAAUACAAAGGAUCUUGUUGUUCUCUCCGGAGGACACACCAUAGGAACAUCGCACUGCUCGAGCUUCACUAACCGACUGUACAACUUCACUGGUGUUGGAGACAGUGACCCUUCAUUGGACUCAAACUAUGUUGCUCGUUUGAAGAGAAGAUGCAGUGCGACAGAUACCACUACACUUGUCGAAAUGGAUCCUGGGAGUUUUAAGACAUUCGACAUCGAAUACUACAGUGUAGUCGCAAAAAGAAGAGGACUUUUCACAUCUGACGCAGCUCUUCUUGCGGACAGUGAAACUAGGGCUUACGUCACCAGCCACGCUACUCCUCAAGGGUCAAAGGAUUUCUUGAAGGACUUUGCAAAGUCAAUGGUUAAAAUGGGCAAGAUUGGGGUUUUGACAGGGAGCCAAGGUGAAAUUAGGAAAACAUGUGGUUUCGUUAAUUAAUUUAUUUAUUUAUUUAAAUUAUUAUUGGGUGUGUGUUUCUUCUUUGUGAUUUUUUUGUUCUCCUGUUUGUUACUUAUCAAUCAUUUUCUUGUUGUUAUUUGGUUUAUUUGUAUUGGUUCAGACAAUAAAAAGUUGUUCCUCGAUCUCUUGUUUGUACUUGAUCUAUGGAUAUUAAGAUUUUCUUAAAUUGGAUAGUGAAUUCCAAGUCAUAUGAUAUUGAUAAUUUAUUGUAAUGAAAUCAAAGCUAAAUGAUUAGAGCAACUUGC